AAGACAGCCAAACUUGAGUGUGACAGAGGUGAUGUUGGCUGUCGCUCGAUUCAUUAAUCAUGCAUGCCUAGUUCUGUUGGCCACUAGUUAGUUAGGAGACAGGAGUGCGGCUUGUUCUUCACAUUGCUUCCAUGGCUUCCUCUGGAGAAUGCACGCUCUGGAACAUUCUAAGUGUUUGCUUCACAGCACUGCAGACAAGUGGUCUGGUGGUGACCGUGAAGGAGUCCACCAUCGAAGUGGUCCGAGGAGAUUUUGUCAUCCUGCCUUGUUCCUUCUUCACCUCCAGCCCACUUUCAAGACUCAACAUCAUCUGGACACUUGCUCCCUUCUCCAGUCCAUACUCCCCCAUUCAGGUGAUCGUGUUUGACCACGGCCAGAUUAUAGAAGACCCCUCCCUCAUUGGUAGGGUGGCUUUCACAGCUAUUCCAUUAAGUGGCGACAUCAUGGUGAAUGACACGCGUGUAUCAGAUGCUGGCGUUUAUCGCUGCAUGGUCAACAAUCCUCCCGAGACUGCGGAUCCUGGCAUAGGAGAACUGGUCCUCAGAGUGCUGGUGGCGCCCUCGCUGCCGGCGUGUGAGUGGGAAGGCAAACUGGCGACGGGAGGAAGUGUCACCCUGUCGUGUUCUGUAGCAGAAGGGAUUCCCACUCCUGACAUCCACUGGGAUAAACUCAACCCUGAGGAGAUUUCUCUUCCCAUCAACAUGGAAGACGAUCUGUCCGGCUCCGUCCAAAUCGUCAACGUGUCGUCUCAGACGUCAGGCUUGUAUCGUUGCUCCGCCUCCAACGUCCUGGGGACCGAGAACUGCUACGUCAACCUGUCCGUCUACAGCGCAUUGGCCGGCAACUCCUCAGGGAUCCUGCAGGGGGUGCUGUUGACCUUAUCCAUGGCUCUCAUGCUGCUGGCCCUGCUGCUGCUCAGCUUGUGGCUUCACCGCACAGGUCAAGACGGACGAUGGAAGACCUCCGAGGAAGAGGAGGAGGAAGGUUACAAUGAGAUCCGCUACACUCCAUCACUGAUAAAGCGUUCCUUUGUUUGACCCGCUACGAAGACGCCAUAUUGGUUUAGAAAUAAACAAUCCAUACUCUCACUUUCCUUCUUCUAACUCACACUGUAGCCAUGGCCAAAGGUAUACAUUAUUAGGGGAAAGGUGCAUUACUGCCAUCUAGUGGUGGAAGAAUAAUAAGCACCAAAGUACUGCCCCAGUCUUACGAGCAAAAGUAAAAUAGUAUGAGACUAAAGCCUUUUUUUUUUUUAGAAAGAA